GCAGCAGGAUCCCUGUUUUGUAAACUAAAAACAGUAGAAAAGAUACAUGCAUCCAUACAUAAAUAUUCAUGGAACAAUCUGGAAGUGUUCCAGAGGUUAACAGUGGUUAUAUUUGACGGUGGAAUAACAGAUGAGUUUUAUGUCCUGUUUCUUAAUCUGUAUUUUCUAUUUUUCCUAAAAAGAACAUGUAUUAUUUACAAUUUUAAAGAGAGUAAAUGUGAUUAAAUUUUUUAGAAGCAACAUAAACUCUCCAGGUUUUGUUUCUGACAUCCACUAUCUUUACAGGACUGUGUGUUGCUUACUGCUUGAAGUCUACUAAGUAGAGGUUUACAAGACCUUCUCUGGAGCCCACUGAUACCACUGUGACCAAGGAAAUUGCUCCGAUAGAUGAGCGGCCACCCCCUGAAGGAGAUGUCUGACAGCCACAGCAGCCCUCUCCUGCCAGAGCCUCUUUCCAGCAGGUACAAACUCUACGAGACAGAGCUGACCAGCCCCAGCUGGCCCUCAAGCCCCCAGGACACGCACCCGGCUCUGCCCCUCCUGGAGAUGCCUGAAGAAAAGCAUCUCCGGUCAUCCAAUGAAGACAGCCACAUUGUGAAAAUCGAAAAGCCCGUUGAAAGGAGUAAACGGAGAGAAAGUGGCGUGGCCCGUCCCGGCUCCGCAGGCCAGUGCGGCAUCAGCCUCUCCCAAGCGGUGGGCUACCUCACGGGCGACAUGAAGGAGUACAGCAGCUGGCUGGAAGAUAAACACCUGGCCCUCCAGUUCACAAACUGGGUCCUGAGGGGGGCCGCGCAGGUGAUGUUUGUCAACAACCCUCUCAGUGGGCUCAUCAUCUUCAUCGGGCUCCUGAUCCAGAACCCCUGGUGGACCAUUGCUGGGGGCCUGGGGACAGUGGCCUCAACCUUAACUGCCCUCAUCUUGAGCCAGGACAGGUCCGCCAUCGCCUCAGGACUGCACGGGUACAACGGGAUGCUGGUGGGGCUGCUGGUGGCCGUGUUCUCGGAGAAGCUGGACUACUACUGGUGGCUUCUGUUACCCGUGACCUUCACAGCCAUGGCCUGCCCAGUUCUUUCUAGUGCCUUGAAUUCCAUCUUCAGCAAGUGGGACCUCCCAGUCUUCACACUGCCUUUCAACAUCGCCGUGACCCUGUACCUGGCAGCCACGGGCCACUACAACCUCUUCUUCCCCACAACCCUGGUGGAGCCUGUGUCUUCAGUGCCCAAUAUCACCUGGACCGAGAUUGAGAUGCCCUUGCUGUUACAAGCCAUCCCCAUCGGGGUCGGCCAGGUGUACGGCUGUGACAAUCCCUGGACGGGCGGCAUGUUCCUGGUGGCUCUGUUCAUCUGCUCGCCACUCAUCUGCUUGCACGCAGCCAUUGGCUCAAUCGUGGGGAUGCUGGCAGCCCUGACGGUGGCCACGCCCUUUGAGACGGUGUACAUGGGCCUCGGGAGCUACAACUGCGUCCUCUCCUGCAUCGCCAUCGGGGGCAUGUUCUACGCCCUCACCUGGCAGACGCACCUGCUGGCCCUCGUCUGCGCCCUGUUCUGUGCGUACAUGGGAGCAGCCAUCUCCAACAUCAUGUCGGUGGUUGGUGUGCCGCCAGGCACCUGGGCCUUCUGCUUUGCCACCCUCACCUUCCUGCUCCUGAGAACCAACAACCCCGCCAUCUACAAGCUCCCGCUCAGCAAAGUCACCUACCCGGAGGCCAACCGCCUCUACUACCUGACAGUGAAAAGCAGUGAAGAAGAGAAGUCCCCCAGCGGUGGUGGUGGGGAACAGCCACCCGAGGCGGCGGGCCCGAAGGCCGAGGAGGGCUUGGAGGCCGUGCUCCCCAAGAGCAAGAGUGUGUUCCACAUCGAGUGGUCAUCUAUUCGGAAGAGGAGCAAAGGGUUUGGAAGGGGCGAACACCAGGAGAGACAAACCAAAGACCCGUUUCCCUAUCAGUACCGGAAGCCCACGGUCGAGCUGCUGGAGCUGGACACCAUGGAGGGGAGCUCUGAGAUAAAGGUGGAAACAAACAUUUCCAAGACUUCCUGGAUUCGGAGUUCCAUGGCUGCCGGUGGGAAAAGGAUCAGCAAAGCCCUCAGCUACAUCACGGGAGAGAUGAAGGAGUGUGGAGAGGGACUCAAAGACAAGUCCCCCGUGUUCCAGUUUAUUGACUGGGUCCUCCGGGGCAUGUCCCAGGUGAUGUUUGUGAACAACCCGCUUAGCGGCACCCUCAUUGUGCUCGGCCUCUUUGUCCAGAACCCCUGGUGGGCCAUCUCGGGCUGCCUGGGCACCAUCAUGUCCACCUUGGCAGCCCUCAUCCUCAGUCAGGACAGGUCAGCCAUCGCGGCAGGACUUCACGGCUACAACGGGGUGCUGGUGGGGCUGCUCAUGGCUGUGUUCUCGGACAAGGGCGACUAUUACUGGUGGCUGUUGCUCCCCGUCAUCGUCAUGUCCAUGUCCUGCCCCGUCCUGUCCAGCGCCCUGGGUACCAUCUUCAGCAAGUGGGACCUCCCAGUCUUCACGCUGCCAUUCAACAUCGCCGUGACCCUGUACCUGGCGGCCACAGGCCACUACAACCUCUUCUUCCCCACGACCCUGCUGCAGCCCGUGUCCUCGGUGCCCAACAUCACCUGGGCGGAGGUCCAGGUGCCCUUGCUUUUGAGAGCCAUCCCUGUUGGAAUCGGACAAGUGUACGGCUGCGAUAACCCCUGGACCGGAGGCAUUUUCCUCAUCGCUCUGUUCAUCUCUUCGCCUCUUAUUUGCUUGCAUGCAGCCAUUGGAUCCACCAUGGGGAUGUUAGCAGCGCUCACCAUCGCGACACCCUUUGACAGCAUCUACUUCGGCCUGUGCGGCUUCAACAGCACGCUCGCCUGCAUCGCCAUCGGGGGCAUGUUCUACGUCCUCACCUGGCAGACGCACCUGCUCGCCAUCACCUGCGCACUGUUUGCGGCCUACCUGGGUGCUGCCCUGGCUAACGUGUUAUCUGUGUUUGGAUUACCAACCUGCACCUGGCCCUUCUGCCUCUCCGCACUCACCUUCCUGCUCCUGACGACCAACAACCCCGCCAUCUACAAGCUCCCGCUCAGCAAAGUCACCUACCCGGAGGCCAACCGUCUCUACUACCUGUCCCAGGAGAGAAACAGAAGGGCAUCGACCAUAACAAAGUACCAGGCCUACGAUGUCUCCUAAGUCUCCCUUUCCAAAACACACCACUGUAAACCCAGCCUUCAGCCGUCCAGGGUCCCAGACAGUGGCCUUCACCUUCCCUUUUGUCUAUUCUGUGACUCUCCCCUCCAACACUAGGAAAUGUGUACGUAGUCACCAUUCAGGAAGCUCUCUGUUCUGAGAUGCCCACUUAUCCAAAAUAUGGUUAGUUUAGACUCUAUACUCAUAGUUUAUUAGACUGGAAGGCAAGAGGAUGGGUUCCACCCCAGCUGUGCCAUAAAUGAGCUUCUACCAUCUCAGGCAAGUUCUUCUCUGCUUUCCACCUUGAUGUCUUAAUCAGUUUCAUGACAGGGAGGGACUCAAGAGUCCUUUCCACCUCUGAAGUGUUGAUUGUUCUCUCUCUCCUAUAAUCUGAUGACAUCAGCAUGACCAACAGGUAAUUACUUUGAGUUAAGUAAAAGAUGGAAGUGUUACCGGAGCAGAGGCAGGAAACUGUUAACGUUCUAUGGAGGUUUAUUCUUAGGUCAUGGGCUGAUGCUUUUGGGACUUGGGGUUAGGAGUCUAAAUUCACUGAAAGCGCCAAUGUGCCUUCCUUUACAUUACAAAUAUUUCUGGAAAUAUCGUAAGGUGAAAAUUGAUCUUUAUCAACACUCAAAUCAUAUUGUAAACAAAUGUGUCUUUUUGCAAUACUCAUGAUCAUUAAACGAAGUCUGCAAGUUGGUAUCAGGGCUUUCUUAAACUUGGGCUCACCUGCAGGUUCACACAUUUCUCACAUGGGGGUUUCCCAUGGUCAAUUGUGUGUCUGAAAAGAGAUGAGGAUGGAUUAAAAACUAUCAGAAGAGGGUUUGAGGUGUUUAGGAAUAAAGUUGUAUGGCAAUGACCAUGUAUAUGGUUUUCUGUUGGAGUUGAAGCACAUAUUUGUAAUAACCCAUUUCAAUUUUUGUUCCCCCAAACUAUAAAUCAACCCACUCUCAAAUGGCCAGUAAAUCUUGUUAUUUGGUGGCUCUGCUCAUGGUAUUGACGUCUCAGACCACAAAAUGCCUCUGUGGGACUCCACCUGACACAGGCUCCUCCCCCCCUUUCCUCAAAAGAGGAAGAUGAACCCCUUAUAGGGCCAUAGUGGGACCUUCCCCUCCCCCACACAAAGGUUUCCAGUGUAGCACAAG